AUGCCGUGGUCCAUCGCCCUACCGCAGGCGAUCUUCUCCUCGCCGGUGCUAUCCGUCGCCGCCCCCAUCACCGCAGGGACCUUCAUCGGCUUCCAAACCAACAAACAAUCCCGCACCAAAUCCGUCUACCGCAACCUCCAAAAGCCGCCGUUCUACCCGCCCGCCUGGCUCUUCGGGCCCGUGUGGACAGUCCUGUAUGGGCUGAUGGGCUACGCGGCCCACCACGCCACAGUCGCGGGCACGACGGUCUCGCCUCUCUCCUCCUCGACGGUGCAGGAAUGGGCGGUGCACUCGCAGGGCCUGUACACCUCGCAGCUGGUGCUGAAUUACCUCUGGAUGCCGCUAUUCUUCGGGCUGCGCAAGCCCGCCUGGGCGCUUGCGGACAUGCUGCUACUGGGCGGCAAUGUCGCGGCGCUGAUGCACACGUACUACCAGCAUGACCGGCCCGCGUUUUGGAUGCUGGUGCCGUAUGCGGCGUGGUUGGGGUUCGCGACGUAUCUGAACGCCGGGGUGGGGAUCCUGAAUCAGUGGACGAUUGGAGAGGGGGAGGAGAAGCAGGAGUAA